AUGCAGCAGUCUGGAAUUUCUACAAAAACUCAUCAGAAGGGGUAUGCUGCCCGCCACGCGGAAGCGGCCGUCCACCGGACUUUUCAGAUCAAAACGUUUAGUACAGGGUUGAAAAACCAUGCGAUGGUCAUGGAUUUCGUGAAGAGGAACUGGUUUCCCUCCCAGAGAAGAGCCAAAGUUUGUAUCAUCCAUAUGUGUCAAGGCCUGAAGACAGCUGAGCAGACAGCCAGCAGAUACGAGGGGACUCUGGCGUCUCAGAACACAAAAAUGAUUUCGUCCAUAGUCAUUUCACAGCUGAUUGAUGAGACUAAAUCAAAAGAAAAUGGGGCCGAGUUGCCUGUGCCGUGUGCAUACCCCAUGAAGCUAUCGCUGGCUAAUCGCAGCGGAGUCACUAUUAACAGGGCCUUUGAGUUCCUUCCCGGUGGACUAGGAAUUCAGACACCGGUGAGGGAGCGAGGCCCUGCGGCAGAGCCGCCGCGCAAAGAGGAGAAGCCGUGCAGUGGCUCCCGGAAGGGCUUUGCUUCCAUCACCAUCACGGCCAGGCGCGUGGGGCCCCCCGCCAGCACCCUGGUGUGGGAGGCUGUCGGGGACCCGCUGUGCAUCAAGUGCAGGGCCCAGGAUGCUCUGUUUGGGGGCCCCUCUGCUCUGGCUGGUGGUGCCGAUCCAAGUCGGCACCAUGGACCUUUCACCUGUACAGAAUUCUCCAGAAACAGCUCUGUGAUGGGGCUGAAGGUCCCUGAAGCCCACGCACGGCUGUGCGAGGGACACGAGUACUGGAUCACCAGUGUGGACGACAGGGAGGACCAUUUUUCUGCGAGCACCCCACGGUCACAGGAGGGAAAGAGCCCGCUGCUGUUCAGCUCCUGUGUCCACCUCAGAGUGUCUCAGCCGUGUCCAAAUUCCAUCUACUAUCUGGACAGGUCCCUCUCUGUCCCCAUCGAGCCGCCUCGACUUGCUGGCCCCAAGAUGCACAGAUCCGUUCUGUCCCUCAACCUGAAUUGCAGUUCACACAGAUUGACACCAGAUGGAGUCGACGGCACAGCUCACGGAGAGCCAAUAAGCAGAGCCCUGAAGCUGGAGCUCACGGGGGGAAACCAAAACCUCCUAGGCCCUCGCUGGAACCUAGGUUUGCAAGACAGUUUCUUGAAGGAAAACCCGUCAUUGGGGCGGGUGCAUUUGGGGACCGCGGGAAGCGGCCUGUGUCCUUGGAGAGGCUCUCCUCCCCUGGAAAAUACAGAUGCGGGGAGUGACCAGGUCACCGUGAGAAAAGGGAAGCAGGACUGUGCAGCUCAUUGUCACACCGGGGGUCAUGGUCACGCCAACCAACUGUCCAUUCACAUCCCGGGCUGGAGUUACACGGCAGGAGAUUACACGUGCUGUGACUUGGUUGUCAAGAUAAAGGAAUGCAAGAAGGGCGAGCAGCCCACCGCGCCCGAGCCCGAGCCAGCGCCCGCCCAGCCAGAACGCCCCCAGGGACCAGAGACCCACGACCUGCCGGAAGACUGUUCCCAGAGCCAGCCAGUGCCCGCAAGCUCCUUGACCUUGCAGAUAACUUGUUCAAACCGAAAGAAAGGUACAUUUCAGAGAAGGAGAUGCACAUGCGAUCUAAAAGGCGUGAACUUGGGAAGCAGAUUCGUACCUUCCAUGCAACAGGCCAGCACGAGGGACGGGAGAGGAGCUUACGAAGUGGUCAGUGCCUCUCUUUUGAAUGGAGACCCGUGGAACCCAGUGACAAACGUGGUCACGAAGAAUCAUCCAGGAGUCUUGAAUUUUCGAAUACAACUGGAAAGCAGAGAACUGAUUGUAAAUCUGGAAAGAAACAAAGGCCUCAUUGCCAGCAGUUUCACAGAAACCCACUAUCUGCAAGAUGGCACUGCUGUCUCCCUCGUUCGAAAUUACACAGGUCACUGUUACUACCAUGGACACGUGCAGGGCUAUUCUGGUUCCACGGUCAGUCUCAGCACUUGUUCUGGUCUCAGGGGGCUUAUUACAUUUGAAAAUAAAACCUAUAUUUUGGAGCCAAUGAAAAAGGAAACCAACAGAUACAAACUCUUCCCAGUGGAGAAGCUGCAGAGCGCCUGGGGAUCCUGCGGAUCGAACUCAACGGGCCUCGCUGUGCAUGACAGGCUCCCAGCGCCCUCCGGGACCUGGACAAGAAGGCAAAAAAGAGAGACCCUCAAGACGACCAAGUAUGUAGAGCUCGUUAUUGUGGCAGACAACCGAGAGUUUCAGAGGCAAGGGAAAGACCUGGAAAAAGUCAAACAACGAUUAAUAGAGAUCGCUAAUCACGUUGACAAGUUUUACAGACCGCUGAACAUUCGAAUUGUGUUGGUGGGCGUAGAGGUGUGGAAUGACAUCGACAAAUGCUCCAUAAGCCAGGACCCCUUCACGAGCCUCCACGAGUUUCUGGACUGGAGAAAGAUGAAGCUUCUACCUCGCAAAUCCCAUGACAACGCGCAGCUUAUCAGUGGGGUUUAUUUCCAAGGGACCACCAUCGGCAUGGCACCCAUCAUGAGCAUGUGCACCGCGGAACAGUCCGGGGGCAUCGUCAUGGACCAUUCAGACAGUCCCCUUGGCGCGGCUGUGACCCUGGCCCAUGAGCUGGGACACAAUUUCGGGAUGAACCAUGACACCCUGGAGAGGGGCUGUAGCUGCAGAAUGGCUGCCGACAAAGGAGGCUGCAUCAUGAACCCCUCAACCGGGUACCCAUUCCCCAUGGUAUUCAGCAGCUGCAGCAGGAAGGACCUGGAGGCCAGCCUGGAGAAGGGCAUGGGUAUGUGCCUCUUUAACCUGCCGGAAGUGACGCAGUCCUUCGGGGGCCAGAAGUGCGGGAAUGGAUAUGUCGAAGAAGGAGAGGAGUGUGACUGUGGGGAAGUGGAGGAGUGUCUGAAUCUCUGCUGCAACGCCACCACCUGUACCCUGAAGCCAGAUGCUGUCUGCGCACACGGACUGUGCUGUGAAAACUGCCAGCUGAAACCUGCAGGAACGGCGUGCAGGGACUCUAGCAACUCCUGCGACCUCCCGGAGUUCUGCACGGGGGCCAGUCCUCACUGCCCGGCCAACGUGUACCUGCACGACGGGCACCCGUGUCAGGGGGUGGACGGCUACUGCUACAACGGCAUCUGCCAGACCCAUGAGCAGCAGUGCAUCACCCUCUGGGGACCAGGUGCUAAACCUGCCCCCGGGAUCUGCUUUGAGAGAGUCAACUCUGCAGGCGACCCUUAUGGCAACUGCGGCAAAGACUCCAAGAGCUCCUUCGCCAAGUGCGAGAUGAGAGAUGCUAAGUGUGGAAAAAUCCAGUGUCAAGGAGGUGCCAGCCGACCAGUCAUCGGUACAAAUGCCGUUUCCAUAGAAACGAAUAUCCCCCUGCAGGAAGGAGGUCGGAUUCUGUGCCGUGGGACCCACGUGUACUUGGGCGAUGACAUGCCGGACCCAGGGCUUGUGCUUGCCGGCACAAAGUGUGCAGAUGGAAAAAUUUGCCUCAAUCGUCGGUGUCAGAACGUAAGUGUCUUCGGUGUUCACGAAUGUGCGGUGCAGUGCCACGGCAGAGGGGUGUGUAACAAUAGGAAGAACUGUCACUGCGAGGCCCACUGGGCCCCUCCCUUCUGUGACAAGUUUGGCUUUGGAGGAAGCAAGGACAGCGGCCCCAUCCGGCAAGCAGGUAACCAAGGUUUAACGAUAGGAAUUCUGGUGACCAUCCUGUGUCUUCUUGCUGCUGGAUUUGUGGUUUAUCUCAAAAGGAAGACAUUGAUACGACUGCUGUUUACAGAUAAGAAAACCACCAUUGAAAAGCUAAGGUGUGUGCGCCCUCCCCGGCCGUCCAGUGGCUCCCAGCCGAGUCAGGCUCACCUUACCCACCUCAGCAAGGGGCCGAUGAGGAAGCCGCCACCUUCCAGCACACCUAAGGACAAUCCCAGGAGAUUGCCGCAGUGUCAGCACGUGGACGUCAGCAGACCCCUCAAAGCGCUGGACGCCCCUCUGCCCAGUUCCUCUCAGCGAGGACUCCCGCCCCUGCACCCGGCUCCUCGUGUGCCCUGCGUCCCUGCCAGACCCCUGCCGGCCAACCCCGCGCUCAGACAGGCCCAGGGAACUCGUAAGCCGAACCCUCCUCAGAAGCCUCUGCCUGCAGACCCUCUAAGCAGGACCACCCGGCUUGCCAGGACCCCGGGACAGCAGGAGUCUGGGCUCCGCCGGGCGCCCAUCAGACCUGCUUCCAAACAGCCCCAUCAAGUGCCCAGAGCCACCCACAUCGCCUGUGCAAAGUGAGAAGCAAAGCCAACACCGUUGUUCAACAAUGAAGACAGAAGUUUGCACUAUCUCUCUCUCAACUCCGGUUGGAGUUAUUUUUUGUAUCAACUUUUAGAAUUUUUUUAAUCUUUCAAACACCAUGAUUUGAAGAACUUUGAGCUACUGCCGUCGGUGCUGUGCUGUGCUGUGGUGCUCUGUAUACUUUUACUUGCUCAGGUACUUGUAAAUUAUUAAUUUAUGCAGAAUGCUUGCUACAGCGCAGUGCGCUGUAGUGGGCGGUUUUUUGUUGUUGUUUUUUAAACCAUCACUGAGUUUUCCAUGGAAGGAAGGCUUUUUGUGCUUUUAAUAGUUUAGUGAACUUGAAAUACCGCGCUUUUAUGGGAUUCU